AUGCAUGAUGAAGACAGACAUUCCGUUGUUAUUGAUAUACCUAAACUGAGAACGUUUCCGUCCCUGGAGAAACCAACAAGUAAAAGGAAUACUAUCAAGAAAAGGUUCAAGCCUACAGAUGUUUUGACGCAGAAAUUCACUUUACCUGUUAUCAAGCCGUUGCCGGUAGGUAUUUUAAAGAAAGACGAAGUUUUACUACCUUAUAGUGUUUAUUCAAAAAACCAAGAGAAGGAGAGAAAAGAGCAAAAGAAAAAAACAAGUCUACGUGAUAAUUAUAAGGAAAUUCAAACAGACUUACGAAGGCGGAUACACACGGAUGGUCCGCCGAAUGAUGUUCGUACCAUAAUGGACCAUGAUCCGGGAUUCUUCACGUGUGUCAACGGCUCAUUCUUAUCUAAAUACAUAGCUCCAUAUAAAUCUCUCAAACAUUUGUUUAACAGUCAACUGAGGUGGAGGCAAGAAAUUGGCUACAGGCAUGACUGUAUGUUAAACAUUGAUGCAAAUUUUAAGCAAGAACAGAAAGUUUACAAAACAAGUGUUCAAAGAUAUUUCGAACAAGUUAAAUCUUUCGACGAAUUUGUUUCAAUGGAUUAUCAAAAGUCUAUGAUGUCCUUGAGUAAAUCGGAUGACGUAAAGUUAAAACUUUAUAAAAAAAUACUUGAAUUUCAAUGUUUGGCGGCAAAAUCUUUCACAGUUACCUCGAAAAUUAUUGGACUACACUACAGGUAUGCUUUACAACAAAAGUAUGGAAGAUUUUUAUAUUAUCUAUCUCCUCCAAGCUGGCGCUAUAGGAACAGAAACUUUGCUCGAUCUGUCGAAAUAGAAGCGAAAGGUUUUGAUUAUGGUAUUUCCAACGAUGAAGAUACGUUUAGUGUAAUGUUUGAGAAUCUCAAAAGAGAGUGCUACAGCCGCCUGGUGACGCCGGCUUUAUACUUUAUACAUCCUGCUGAUCUCAUGGAACUGUUCGAUGGCAUAGAACAGCAGCAUUUGCAUCAUUUUACUCAUGUGACACAACUGGCUCCUCACGCAACAUUUCUAAAAAAAGGAAUCAAACUUUUCAAAGAUAUUAUUGCACAGGACAGUGCUGGAGUGCUUAAUAUUAUUAAAAAUUUUAAGAAAGUAUUAGCGAUUAGUGAACAGCAGGCAUCACAAUUAGAAACAAAGUUUUUAAAAAUAUUGAACGGCUUAUUUUAUGAGAGUGUAGGUGCUCUAGAGGUUUUGAAGCUUCAGACGCAUUUAGAAUUUUGUGUAGAAAGAAUACACAAUGAGAAACCUGUAAAUAUGGAUAUUGUCACCACAGCUAAGGCUUUGGAAGAAUUUUACAUGGAUUACUCGCAACGUUUGGAGGCGGUGACUAGUGACAAGAUUAAGGUCGCUAUGGGCCAGUACGUGGAAUCAGAACGUCGUAAGUUCAAGAGAGCUAAGGAAGCGGCUCGAGAGCUCCGCCAGUUCGACCGGCUGACACGCGAGCUGCUGCAGGCCUUCACGCCGCCGGCCAAGAACACCCACCCCAGCCACGCAAGCCAAGUCAAGCGGAGCUCUAGGAGAAAAUUGUUUUCCAAGUCCAAAUUCGAGGAAAAGCGGGAUAGUCUUACUGAAUCGGAACUAGAAUAUUUGACUUUAUUUACUGACUGGACUGAAAAAGACGAUCCAGCUAAUUAUUUGCAGAGCCGAAAAUUUUGCCAUAACGUUUAA